AUGAAACUCAAGCUCUCGGCCAAACCGGCCGACCCCAACGCGCCGCCAUCAGUACCGCCAACACCUGCUGCUGCCACUCCUAGCACCGGCGGCGGCUUCAAGUUCAAGAUCAAGAAUUCACAACCACCAACUCCUCAGACCGAAUCUACGCCUUCCCAGCUACCCCAGCCGCCUCAACCAGCGCCCUCAGCUAUCCCUAAGAAGAUUAAGAAGCCGAAAGCACCUACCGACGAUGCCACCAAGAAACGCUCCGCCCAAGAUGACAUUUCUCCUGCCCCCGAACGCCCCACCAUCAACACUGCACCUAAGAAACGCUUCUCCCUGAAGCUCAAUACUGGCGGUGCUGGAGGACAAGAGUCGGCUUCUUCAACUCCGACCCGCCUCAAGUUGAGUACAAGAAAACAAAGUAUUGGCCCCAAAUCAAUCUCGAUUGUCUCUCGAAAACAGGUGCCAAAAAGACCUGUUGGUGUCGGUUACGACUCGGAAGCGAGUGACGCAGAAGAUGAUCCAGCUGUUGAGCAGCAGUGGGUCUUGCGCAUGGAGCCAGGUCCUGACUGCGAUUACUUGCGCGAAGCCAUCACCAACAAGACGCUGGGCGAGAGGCCAGAUUCAGGCGGAGCUUAUGUCAAUAUCAAGUUUCUGGACAAGGAUCUGCGUCGCGCCAUCGUCACUGUCAACAAGACCAACUACGCCGCCGUCAUGGUCGAUUUACCGUGUAUCAUCGAGGGAAUGAAGAGUUGGGACAAACGAGGAUGGUGGAAGGUCGCCGAUAUCUGUCAGAUGCUGCUGGUUUUAGGUCCCACAGAGGGUGAAACAACAGCCAAGUACGCUCCUCUGCCACGCGAAGUCGACAAGAACACAUUUGCAUAUGCACACGGCUUGACACCACCAAUGCACUGGGUGCGUAAGAGGCGCUUCAGGCAGAGAGCUAGUUACAAGUCUGUUGAGCAUGUCGAUGAUGAAGUGGAACGGCUGAUCAAGGCCGACGAACUAGUCGAGAAGUCUGGAGGUACCGUCAGAUACGACAUUGUCGAUAAUGACGCUCCUGAUGCGCAAGCCCAAGGAGACCAGGAUAUGGACUAUUAUGACGACGAAGAUCCAGCCGAUUACAGAACGACGACCGAGGACGCCUUCGGUCAAGCCUAUACUGCAGAGCCCAUGCAAGAGGACGAAGACGACGAAGACCUGGAAGGCAUGCUGGGCGCUGCUCUGUUCGACGAAGACAUGACCGACGCGCCGCCACUACCACCUGCUGAUGCAGCAGCCGAGUUGAGCGCCGUACAGACCACCAUGGCCGAAGCCGAACCAGAGACUGAAGCACCGGCAGCAUCAGCUGAGACACCGGCAGCAGCUCAAGAAGCUUCUAGCGAUGAGGACGAUGACUCUGAAGAUUCCGACGAGGACGACGAUGAAGGACCGGACACCAUCGACGAGGAGAUGGUGGCAGAGCAAGCGGUGCAAGCUCAAGUACGCGAAGAGAUUGAGGACCUGGAGAAGGAGGUUGCGAAUGCGCGCGCUAACGUCGAGCGCUCCAUGAACCCCAUGCUCAGGCAGCGUAAUAUCAACAAGCUGCAAAGUCUGGAAAGCGAACUCGCCAUGAAGCGCAGAAACUUUGGCAUGGAGGUUGAUGACGAUGAGGACAAUGGGGAGUGA